UAAAUAUUCAACCAAUAUUCCUAUUUAUAAAAUUGUUUGAUUUUCACAAUGGAUAUUAAUGAAAUGAUAAGGGGAUUCGAAAAAGAAUUGUCGGCAAUAAAAGAAAAAGGACAAUCAGAUAUUCAAAGAGAAGAAAACGAGUUCAAAGCAGAUAUGGAGAAAAUGGAAGAUGAUCAUUCAAAAGAAAUGGAUCGUUUGAGAAGUCAAGCUGCCAAAGUUCAAUCUGAGAAAGAAACGUUUGACAGAAAAAGAAGAGAGACACUUGAGAAACAUAAAAAAGAAUUGGACGAACUUGAAAAAAAGAAUAAAAAGGAGGAAGAUGAUCUUCGAGAACAGAAUAUGAAUCUAUGGAACAAAAACCUCGAUCAACAAAUUGCGUUGGGAAACGAGUUGAACAACAAGUACACCGAGAUUUCAAAUCAAAACUCAAGACUUCAAAUUAAAAUUGGACAAGAAGAAGACAUCAGAGUGUUCAAAAUAAAACUUCUCGAUGUAUCAAAGGUUUGGACUGACGUAAAAGUGAAUUAUCAAGAUUAUCUGAGAAACACUCUAGACGAACAUUCAAAUUCGAAUAAAAGUGAUGUUUUGAAGGAAAUCGACACUUUGAUUUACAAUAAAGAAAAAUUGAACGAAGUUUUGAUUACAGCAAAAAAACUUCUUGGAAAGUGCCAAAAGUUUACAACAUCUGACAGUUUCAAAGUCAUCAACGAUUCAUUGACAGAGCUGAUGAGGUUCAAGUUUGAAGAUGAUAUUUUGAUUGAACUAAAAACAAUUAUUAAGAAAAAUGGUUCAGCGGAACAAUCAUUUUUGACUAAAAUGGAUGAAACAAUUGACAAAUACAACGAAAUGGUCAAUGAACUUCCUGGUUUACAGCUUAAAUCCGUUGAACCAAUUCAUCAGGCUGCAAUUCAAUAAGUUUGUUUUAAACACGAAAUAUCGACAUAUUUUUUUUAUUUCUUGUGACUUUUUUUUCUAUUGAAUAAAAAUUCCUCAUUGCUAA